UUUGUUGUUGCCAAAUUAAAAAACGCGUUUUUUUAUUUAUUAUAUAUUUUUUCGUUAUAGAAGAAUGGAUCACGAUCAACAAGUAUUACAAUUGCGUGAUUUUGAUCAGCAAGUGUUAUCACAACCAGAAAAUGCACAAUCGUUUGCAACUAGAAGUUUUUUAGAAACACUUGUUGAUUUGCUUCAAUAUGGACUUGAAAAACAAGACGAUGGCACGGAUGCGUAUAAAGAGGAAUUAAAAAUUAUAAAGAAUGCAACCAAGGCAUUCUCCACUGUAUUACCCACUGUCUAUAAAACUGUUUGUCAAAAUGAAGCUGAAACUCGUUUAUGGUCACUUUGUCAGUCCUUAAUGACGUUAGUCGAUACUUCAUUGAUACACCAUAGUAACGCAGGUGUUCAAAUAAACGCAGUGAAAUGUCUACAAGUCUUAGUAUUGCUGCUAUCAAAGUCAACUUUGAAGGAUAUCUCGCUUAAUUUACCAAGAGCCGAUCAUCGUUUGUUAAAUGUAGAAGAGCUUGAAAAAAAGGGACAGGAUAUGUUUAGCUUGAUUCUCAGCAUGUUGAAAUCAGAUAUCGAAUCUGUUAUCACAGCAACAGUGAGUUGUCUCAUGAUUAUCGGUAAGAAAAGACCUCAAUUCGUCAAGCAAAUCAUGGCAGCGUUUGCAGGUUGGAGAAAGACGAGAUCAAAGGAUGACUCACCCGUGAUGUUACGUAAUGUGGAUAAAGCAUUAAAAUUAGCGUUUGUGUCUUUGAUAAGAACGGAUACCAUUUCCUCUUUCCGAAGUGAACUGAUUGCUGCGUUUGGAUCGAUUGGAGGUAAUGUCGCCAUGUUUCAGAGUCGCCAUUCCAGAGAACAAAGAGCAGAGGAAGCAAGACGAGCAAAGCGAUCAAGUGGUCAUCUUGAUACAGAACGUCAACAAGACAAACGCGCAAAGACCGAAUAUACGCCCAUCAUACCUUCAGCUACAUCCAAUAAUAUCCUUGCCAAUUAUGAUAUUACACAAAUACCACUAAGUGCUAUUGUCAAUUUGUGUAUGACCGUAUUACAAACUGUUCCAUUGGAAGUCAUGUCAGAAAGAGUUUCCUUGCUUCCUGCCCAAGGUGUCACAUUAGCCGUCACCCGAACUGGCUUCGUUCGCUCCACCACACCUCCCUUUCCACCUCCACCUGAACAACCUCAAUACAACACAAACCCCUUGUUUAAAAAAGAAGGCGAAGAGAAGAAGGAGAAGGUAGAGAAGGAGGAGGAGACCGACAUAGAGAUGGCUGAGGUCAAGGCAGAACCCAAUGUGGAUUCAGACGAGGAAAUGGAAAACAACUUCAAGUCACUUGCACCUGUACCUCUUUUACCCAACAUCAAACAAGAACAAAAGCCCAAGGUACCUGUGCUUGCCAGUGUGGAGGAACGAGCUAGUCAGGCAUUAAAAAUGCAACCGUAUGAAUUGGCUGAACAACGGGAUUUGAGUGAAUCGGAAAAGAAACAAUUGCUAAAGAUGGCCAUCAAACGUAUUCUUUAUGCAGAGAAAUCGUUUCAAUCCACUACACAUGAUGCUACACCUACAACCGCCAAAAGCAGAUGGUUAUUACUCGUUGCUAAGCUUGUCACGCGUGGUAUCGGUAUGCAACCUGCAUCCGUUGGAGAAGGAGAGGAAGAUGAAGAUAAAAAAGUGAUUCCGAUGGAUCUCGAUGAAACCAAUGAGAUCAAGGAGUUAUUAUUAGAUUUUAUUGUUGAAGAUUUAUUAUCACGACAUGAUUUGGCAUUAGAAUGGCUUCAUGAAGAAUAUUUAUCAGAUCAAAGACAAUCCAGACUGAACGCAAAUUAUACAGCCAGUUAUUACCUAUGGUUCCAUAAAUUACUCAAAAAGACGAUCCCUACAUUAGAUGCCAAGGAUAAGAUUUUGACGAAAUUAUUACUAGAGGCACCCGAAUUGAAUGAAGAGACGAUUGAGCUUGUGAAGGAGAAUUUACAGAGUGUCCCCGAAAGAUUUGUAUCUUGCGUGUCGACACUUCGUAAUAUAGUCAUUAAUCGACCUACGGUGCGAUGGAUGGCACUUCAGGUUCUUUUAGACCUUUGUAUUAACGAAAACGAUCAAAUUAGACAGACAAGCAUUAUGGCCGUCAAGAAAUGGAACGAAAAUCAAACUCAUAUCAACACGAGAGUCGAAUCCUAUUCAGUAGAGGCAUUGCAAGUAUUGGCAACCGAAGGAAGUUGGGAUGAAAAGGACGUGGUUCGACAUGCACAAUUGUAUUUUGUAUUAUGCACAAGAAGGCCAAGUUUACUGAAAGAGUUAUUCUCGGUUUAUAUUAAAGCAUCGGAAAGUGUACAAAAGUAUAUUCGCCUUCAUAUGAUUAAAAUGAUUAAAGCAAUCGGAAUGAAAUCAUCAGAUUUAAAUAAACUUAUUCGUGAAUUUCCCCCUGGCGGAGAAACUCUUGUCAUUAGAAUCUUGGUUAUUUUGUGUGAUUCAAAACCUCCUACGCGUGAAAUUGUUUCAGCCGUCCAAGAAAUAUCCGUUUUGGCCAAUGAACGGUCAAUCGAUUUAAAAAAUCUAUCUCCCAUCUUAACAGGUCACAGUCUCAAUCAAAAGCAACAACAAUAAUAACAAAAAAAAAAAAAUUACAUGCAAAUGAAUAACUCUUUUCUCACUCUACAUCAAAAAAUAAAAUCAUGCAAGAAAUAAUAGUUAUAAUCAGCACACAUCUAUAUUUCUUUCUCCUUCCCCCGGACACGUUCCGGUUUUUCGGAAUAGAGUCAAAUAGAUCUUUUUAAAGUGAUUUUAGUAAUCUCUGCACUCUUUUUUUUUAUAUAUAUAAAUGUACAUGCGAUCCAUCCAUAGGUCUUUUUUUCUUUUGCAUAUCACAGAACAAACAGAAGCAAAAAAGCGUUUCGUCUAUUACUAU